GCGCCGCAGCUCGGCCGGCUCGAUGAGUGUUCUUUCCCGCGCGCUACGUUUCGUCUCGGCCAUGGUUGAAGCCGUUUUGCUUUGUUCACCAGCCUCCUUAUUUUUUGUUAUACGUCUUGCGACGGUGCAAUGGCAUGCGCUUCAUCGGCAAGCGUCGGAGGUGAAAAAAAAAAGGCAAGUGGAACCGGCGAUACUGCUGCGUAAAGGACUGUCACAACCACGAAGGCCAGCCCGGGAUAAAGUUGUACAGGUUUCCUGGCAAGUCUUAUGAAAUCGAACGGCGAAAGAAAUGGAUCGCAGCUGUGAGGAGAGUAAACGCAGCAGAUGGCUCUGACUGGGUCCCAAACGAGUCAACGAGGAUAUGCUCCAAGCAUUUCGUCAAUGGAGAAAAAAGCACUAUUGAAAGUCAUCCUGGCUAUAACCCGACGCUUAUUCCGGACGUUUACAAGGUGCGGCACGUUGACGGAACGAAACUGCUAUCAAGAUACGAACGGUGGAGAGAAAGGAGAACCAAAGUAUCACUGGCACCAAGCUCAUGCUCUGAAACUGCUGACAGUGCUGAAGAAGGGGCACAAAGCACACUGCUCAACGAAGACCCAAUUUCUCAGGAGGGCGAGCUCGUCGAGCCACUGCCAUCGAACCUGGAUACACUGCUCAACGAAGACCCAAUUUCUCAGGAGGGCGAGCUCGUCGAGCCACUGCCAUCGAACCUGGAUAUCCUCUGCAUGGCGAUUGAUGCAGUGAAAGAGACAAAAGAGGACAAGGCUUGCCAAACUGAUGGUGUGGACGCAACUGGCACUGGCGCAUUUUCGGUGUUCUUAUGUUGUGUACAGGGGAACGAGGCUUGUAGUCAAGUCAAUCAUAAGUGUUCCAGAGAUGAUGAAAUGCAGUGCAGACCCUCCACUGUUUCCCACCACUGCGGCACAGACUACAGAAUGGGGUGCUUUAACGGCUAUGACACCGUUAAAGACAAUGGAACUGCCCUCAAAGAUCUAUGUGGCGUUUCAGAUGUAGUGUUUGCUCUUUUUCUCAGCAUAUUACCACAGUGUGCAGAGCGCAAAUGUGACAUCUCAAUGAGAGACAGGCUUCUGAUCUUCUUCAUGAAAUUGAAGUUAGGUAUAAGCUAUUCAGCCCUUGCUGUGCUGUUCUCGACAUCUAGAAACACGGUGUCGCGACACUUCAACAGUGUGCUUCGAACAGUUGCUGCUACAACUCAUAAGUGGGUUUACUUGCCACCUAGGCAGGUCAUCAAGCGCACAAUGCCAGGUUGCUUCAAAGUGCACUAUCCAGACUGUACAAUGAUAAUUGAUUGCACUGAAGUACGGACAGAGCAGCCCUGCACAAUACAGCAACAGCGCCUGUUGUAUUCACAUUACAAGGGUGGGUACACUCUCAAGUUUCUUGUAGCUAUUACACCAUGUGGAGCAGUGUGCUUCCGCUCGAAGUCCUAUGGAGGGAGGUUCUCAGACGCAUUCAUUACUGUUGACUCUGGCUUUCUAAACCUAGUGCAACCAGGCGACGUUGUAAUGGCUGACAAAGGGUUUCCUGGAAUUAGGGCAGGCCUUGAAGGGACACAAGCAGUGUUAGUGAUGCCCCCUUUCCUUCAAGGUGGUGGACAGUUUUCAGAAAGUGAUGUGCACGAGACGUACAAAAUUGCACAAGUGCGUAUUCAUGUUGAGAGGGCUAUUCAACGCAUUAAAAUGUUCAACAUUUUGAAUGUGCGUGUACCUACUGAGCUGAUCCCAGCAAUGAGCGAUGUAUUUCAUGUCUGCUGUAUUCUGGCAAACCUACAGCCCCCUAUCAUUCAGGAGCAACUAGGCAGUGCUCAUCUCGAACAACAUUAGAAGAUUGAUAUGCAGCGCGAAGCGUUUCAGCCACAAUGUUUUGCUAAAAGGAAAGGGGAAAGUAUGAGAGUAGACGCAUUUGCUUACUCAUGCCUACGAAGUGCUGACGCUAUAUUCAUGCAAAACAACCUCUGCUGGCUAAAUUCCAAGCGCAUUUUGUUGGGCACUAACACAUGCGAAUUGGCUUCAUUGUGAAAAAUCCAGGCACUUACAUGAAAACAUGUCACUUGGGCAAAAAAUAACUAAAUGUAAGCAAUAAGAAGGCACAUGCCAGCACUGCAUGGUGAUUAGGGAAACUGGCUGUCAAACUGAAACACAAUGCCAGUACAUUGAUGAAAAGCUUUUCUUGUUGACAUCCGUGUUAGCUGUUUGCUUUUCAAAGGCUUGCAGUCCCAUUUUGUGCUGUGUUGCGUUAGACCUACAUAGCCUCUAGUAUGGCGAUUGCCUAUGCUUUUUGAAGUCGCAUUUAGGCAGUGCCCAUUUGGUCUAUGCAAAAUCACACUUCUGUGAUCUGUAUUCAAUUUACACCUUCCUUGUGCAAGGUUAUGUGCAAGUACAUGCACUAAUAAUCAGUAUUUCAAUAUUUCUUUGGUUAAAGUGAUCUGGUCCGUCAGAGCCUAAGUGUACUUGUUAGCAAUUACAUCCCUGCCUGCUCCUUUCUAUGAUCUGUAACAAGAAUACAUCCUUUUUUCUGCACAGGAAAGAAGUGCACGUUUUUCAGCUGGCACUAUAUGGUUGUACUCAUUCAGAGGGACUUAUAUGUAGUUUCCUGCUCUUUGGCACUUUGUUGUGUUACUGAUCAAUGUGCAUUUAAACCUAAUUGCCCAUGUCACCACCUUAGCAUCACAAAAUUAAUCGAGCGCUUUAGUUAUUUGCAUGCUUUUGCUUUAUGAGGCUAUUGUCCGUCAUGCCUUGUGCAACUUGUAUCCAAGUGAUUGUUGUGUUCAAAUGCAUUUCAUGGAGAUGAUAUGUGUGCAUAGACGGAAAACACUUUUUGUGGUAGUUAGUGCUUUCAGCCGAUUGUGUAACAGUCGUCCACUUAGGUGACCACAUAGGUGCUCAUUCAAGCCCACAUCACAGUUCAAGUUCUGAAAACUGAACUCAUCCUUACAGGUCUACCAGAGGCACCACAUGGUGUGAAAAAUGUGCAAGUUAUACUUGCUUGAAUACUAACUGGGUGUUCACUGUAACAGUGGACGACUGUGUACAAUGUACAACUACCAAGUUGUGUUCUCUGCCAAGUAAAACAGUCCCAGACAGUAGGUUUUCUUGGUUGUCUUUUUUAUUGAAGUAGUGAAAAAUACUCUGAUGUGAAUGCAAAAAUGACUAGGUAAGCGAUCAAAAAGAUUCUGAUCUCAACGAAAAAAAUUACUGUAAAAUAUUUAUAUACAGAAAUAAAUAGUUUUUGCACUACCCUCAUUGCACUUAGAGAUUCAUUGCACUACAGUGUUGGUAACUCAGCAUUUUUGCUAAAUUUAGUGAGAUUUUAGUAACUUCAAUAAAAAAUUGUAGAGACUCCUGUGGCAAUUACGUAAUAUGUCCAACUGCAGACGCAGCUAAAUUGCAAGAUUUCCACCAAGCUCACACUCCACUGAUGGAAGCAGUCACUGGAAGCACAUUUCAUAGCUUGUCAUAAACCUAUACGCAAAUAGUCAGUCAACUGUCCUAGAAAACCUACGGAACUUUGGUCAAGUUCCUCACCCAAUUUGAUUCCAGAAGGGAUAUGCGUCUGCUAUUUGUCACUACUUUUAAAGCAUACUGAAGAGCUUAUUCAGUCCUCCAGGUGACAAAACUGCUUUUCUAGACAUAGCAAGAUCUUGAAAUCUGAUACCAUUAUUUGCAUAGCCAUAUCAUUAUUAAUAAAUAUAUAUUAUAUGUAUAUUUCACUUCCCGAUAGUUCACAGCGGUUGCAUUUCGAUGGAGGUGAAAUGCAAAAACGCAGUGUGCUUGCAAUGUAGUGCACGCUAAAGAACCCCAGGUGGUCAAAAUUAAUCCGGAGCCCUCUACUACGGUGUGCCUCAUAACCAGAACUGGUUUUGGCAUGUAAAACCCCAGAUAAGAUUUCCGAUAGUUGACUCCUGACCGCAGGUGAUAAUUUAAAGCAGCAGUUAAAAUAUUAGGACUUUUAGGAAUAAAAAAAUAAAGCAUAGAAAGCAAAAAUGAGAUCAAUUUAUCCUCGUCACUUGCAACAUUUCAGUAAAGGUCAAGACUUUUUGGCUGCU